AUGAGGAACCUGAAGUAUGAAGAGAGCGAUCCAGAGAAACUCCUGCAGUCCGACAGAAAAGUGAUUGUGAAACUUGCUGAAGUGGCUUUCAAUCAGCUGAUGAAGGGCAAUGUGAUGUUCUAUGAGGAGGACCUGAUUGAGAGCAGCAUAGACCUUACUGAUGCCUCAGUGUAUUCUGGGAUUUGCACUGAGAUCCUUAAGGAGGAGUCUGUGAUUCAUCAGAGGAAAGUCUACAGCUUCAUUCAUCUGAGUGUUCAGGAGUUUCUUGCUGCUUUCCAUGUGUUUUACUACCACAUAAGCUGCACAAAACAUACACAAGCAUGUUUUGAUUCACUGCACAAACUCUAUGAAAGAGUAUUAGACAAAGACCUUGAGAGUGAGAAUGGACACCUGGAUCUGUUCCUGCGGUUCCUGCUGGGUGUCUCACUGGAAUAUCUGUUCAUUGCCUUUGUGAUUGCAACAGCUCUGACAGUGACACUCACUCGAAGAUCUACUAAAACAGCUACUGAUACACCCAAUGUGAGAUCCACUGAUACACCACUGAAUGUAAAGCCUUCUGAUCAUUGCUAUGAUAAAGCAGCAGUGGCAGCAGAUGAUGGGGUUUGCUCUACAAUCGGGAGGGACAUGCUGAAGCGUAACGGUUCAGCAGUUGAUGCUGCUAUCGCUGCUCUGCUGUGUGUGAGUCUAUUUAAUGCUCACAGUAUGGGCAUCGGAGGAGGGGGGGUUCACCAUAUACAAUGCAUCAACAGACUGCCAUGGAAGGAGCUGUUUGAGCCCAGCAUAAAGCUGGCAUGGGAGGGAUUUCCGAUUGGCAGGGCCCUGGCCGAAACGAUCAAAGACAAUGAGAACAUGAUUCUGAAUAAUGCUACAUGGUGUGAAGUGUUUUGCAACUCAAACAACACCAUCUUGAAGGAAAAUGACAUUAUAAGAUUUCCGCAACUUGCUGUCACCUAUAGGAGGAUAGCCGAGAAAGGACCAGAUGUCUUUUACGAUGGGUCACUGACUCAGAAUAUAGUGGAUGAUAUCAAUGCUGCAGGAGGGAAUAUAACAUUUGAAGACCUAAAGAAUUAUCAGCCUGUAUUGAAUGAGUGUGCAUUAAACUUCACUGUGGGGAAAUACAUAUUUCAUGCUCCUGAUGCUCCAUUCGGUGGACCUGUGCUCGCUCUGAUUCUCAACAUACUCAAAGGUUACAACCUCUCAAGCAGCAAUGUUUCUACAGCAGAGAAUAAGCUUUUGACAUAUCAUCAUAUAAUAGAGGCUUUCCGUGCUGCUUAUGAUUCUUCCUCAUUUCAGGUGAUCCUGAACUACAUGUUCUUUGACUAUGAUGUUCAGAAAGCUGUUACAGAACCCAGAGCUCACAAUCAGUUUAAUCCCAAUAAGACGCUUGUGGAAGACGGCUUUGAUGAGAAUGUAUCUGAUGGCUUGAAGCUGAAGAAUCACAUCAUAAGCAAGACAUCUUCAAUAGGAAAAGUCCAGGCGGUCGUACGAGAGACGGACACAAUCUGUGCUGCAUCUGACCCGAGGAAAGGAGGCUAUCCUGACGGAUACUGA